UUGUAUAAUUGUUGAUAUAUUGAAUUAUGCCCUCAUUGACUGCUUAAAAUGAAAGAUAUAAACAUUUUUUUCCAAAAACUGAAAAGUUUUUGUGAUGUUAAUGAACAGUUUCGUAUUACAUUCGAGUUAGUAGAGAAGACUAAAAAAUUGGAAGAAGGAGCAAAAUGUGAAAUGCUUUUUCAUUACAUAUCUAGAGAGCUACUGAUUAUCCCACAAUAUUUUAGUGAUGUAUAUAAUCACUUUACCGAAGAAUUCCCCAAAUUAUUAUUUGAAGCUGUAUUCUUCAAUGAUAACGUUACAUACAAUAAUAAUAGACAUAUCUGUAAUUCAGUAUUACUAGGUAAAACCGUGAAGAUCAGAGACGAUUUGGAAGGGUAUGCACUAAAAUAUUUUGGGUUACAUCCAGCUCCUUUUGAAAUGUAUAUUCAAGACGUUGCUAAAAAACGUAAAAUGGAAAAUAGAAUUGAUAUUUCAGACUUAAAUAUAGCCGAGUGCUGUUACUUUCUUUUAAAAAGUAAUCCAGCCUAUUAUCGUAAUAAAUGGAAUUGGUCAGUUUUCAUAAAAAAAUAUUUAAAUCACAGUGACCGUAAAGUUGCAUGGAUUGCUUGUCUCAGUUUAUCAGUUCUUUUGGGAAUGAAUGAACGACAACUGGAAAAACUUAUAUCUAACUAUGUAAGUCCUGAAGAUGGCAGAAAAUUUGCUUGCUGUUUUAAUUUGUCCCAGACAAUAUCUGAUAAAGAUAAAAUUGUACCAACAUUAGACCAGCAUCCAACAAUUUAUGCAUCGGAACAAUUAACAGAUCUAAUUACAAACAUCUCAGGAAUUUAUAUUCCUACAGUUAGGAGAAUUGACAACAUUGAAAAUCCGUUGGUUGAGGUUCCCUCCACUUACAAUAAUUUACGUAACAUUGCUUUAGGCUUAACUUCAAAAAAAGCAAUUUGUUUGCAAGGACCGGUUGGAUCAGGUAAAUCCAGCUUAGUAGAAUAUUUGGCAUGUAAGACCGGCAGAAAAUUGGGUGAAAACUUUAUAAAAGUACAGUUGGGUGACCAAACGGAUAGUAAGAUGUUGCUGGGAACUUACCGAUGUACUGAUACACCAGGAGAAUUUGUGUGGCAACCUGGAGUAUUAACACAGGCUGUUUUGGAAGGAAACUGGCUCUUGUUGGAGGAUAUUGAUUCAGCUAGUAUGGAUAUAGCGUCAUUAUUAACUAGUUUGAUAGAAAACAAUUCCCUUACGGUGCCUGGUUAUAGAGAUUCAGUUCCUGUAGCAUCUGGGUUUCACUUAUUCGUGACACAAAGAUUUGUGUCAACUAUAACGGGACAUCAUAAAAAACAUUCUAAUGCCAUGACAUUGUUAGAAAAACAUUUACUGCAAAUAAACAUAGACCCUUUAACUACAGAAGAAUUAAAGCAAAUCCUAAAUACUUGCUAUCCCAAAUUUCAAACUAUUACAGACAGAAUGUUAGCAGUUUUCAAAUUAUUCUCACAUGCUUCUUCAGAAUCCAAAAUGAUUUCUCUUCCAAGAAGUGCCAGAUUAAUUUCAACACGUGACUUUUUUAAGUGGUGUUCGAGAGCUAUCAUAGACUUUGAUAUUAAAAGUCAAGCUAGUGCUUUAAAAGUCUUACAAGACGCCAUCGAUGUGUUUUGUUGUUCUUUUCCAAACUCUGAAGAGGCCCUGAAUUUAGCCAGACAAAUUAGCACACAUCUAGGAAUUAUAAAUCAGAAAGCGGAUUAUUUCUUUAAAAGUUACAAGCCAAAUAUGAAAUUAACCACCAAUAGUCUGGUUGUUGGAAGAGCUGUUUUGUCAAGGGAAAAUAAUCAGUUCUGCAAAAAAGUCAAAUUUUCAUUUACCAGACCUACAUCAAUCUUGCUAGAACGAAUUAUGUGCUGCAUUAAUUUGAACGAACCUGUGUUGCUUGUGGGAGAAACUGGCACAGGGAAAACUUCCUCUGUGCAGUACUUAGCCCACACUAUAGGACAAAAGUUAGUUGUUAUAAACAUGAACCAACAAUCAGAUUCUGCUGACUUACUGGGAGGAUUUAAACCAGUUGAUUUAAAGUUUAUCGUGGCACCAAUCCGUAGAGAAUUUGAAAGAAUUUUCUGCAAUUAUUUCCAAGUGGAACCUAAUAAAAAGUAUUUAAGCAAUAUUGCUCUAUGCUUCAACACUCAAAGGUGGAGUGAUUUAGUUAAGCUUAUGAAUAAAAGCUAUCAAGCUGCUGUGAGUCGAUUGACUAAGGCAAUACAUGACUUUGAAUCAGAAUUGAAGACAAAUUCCAAGUUGGAAGAGGAGAAAAUCGGGAAGAAUGAAAAAGACGUGAAGUUUCUGUCAAGUUGGAAAUCUGUUGGGGAAAAGCUACACAAGCUGGACCUUCAGUUGAAGCAGAAAAAUGCUCUAGCAUUUGCUUUCAUUGAAGGAAGUUUGGUGAAAGCUGUCGAAAAUGGCUACUGGGUACUUUUGGAUGAAAUUAACUUAGCCAAUGCAGAGACUCUUGAAUGCCUUUCAGGGUUGUUAGAAGGUUCAAAAGGAUCUAUAUGCUUGUUAGAAAGAGGUGAUAAGCAGCCUGUAGUACGACAUCCUAACUUUACUUUAUUUGCCUGCAUGAACCCCUCCACUGAUGUAGGGAAGAAAGAUUUACCUGCUGGUUUGAGGAAUCGUUUUACAGAAUUCUUCGUGGAUGAGUUAAAUGAUAAAAGUGAUUUGUUGUUACUGGUUAAUAAUUAUCUAGAAGCAAUGUCUCUAAAGGAUAACGAUUUGAAUAAAAUUGUUGACUUUUAUUUGAGAGUCAGGAAGGAAGCUUCUUCCACCUUAACCGAUGGGUUAGGCCACAAACCGCAUUUUUCUCUUAGAUCCUUGUGUCGAGCUUUGGUGAUAGCUUCUAAAAAUCCGUGUGGAAUGUUCAGGAGAAGUCUAUAUGAAGCCUUUUGUUUGAGUUUUUUGACCCAACUUGACAGCAAGUCCUACCAAACCGUUGAAAAAAUGAUAUCAAGUUACUUAAUAGGGGAUGAGAGGUCCCUUAAAGCAGUAUUAAACCAAUCUAUACCCGAACCACAAAAAAGUAAUGAUAGCUACUUACAGUUUGAAGGAUACUGGAUUCGAAAGGGAUCUAUAGAACCCAAUUCUCCAGAUGGUUAUAUAUUAACGGAAUCUGUUAGGAAGAAUUUAAAGGAUUUAGUAAGAGUUGUGUCAAUAGGGAAGUUACCAGUACUUCUACAGGGAGACACAUCUGUAGGAAAAACCAGUUUGAUCACCUACUUAGCCAAAUCAAGUGGCAACAAAUGUGUUCGAAUAAAUAACCACGAACACACUGACCUCCAGGAGUACAUCGGUUCUUAUGUUGCCGAUAACACCGGCAGAUUAAUAUUCAAAGAAGGCCUGCUCGUUGAAGCUAUGAGGAAAGGGCACUGGAUAAUUCUUGAUGAGCUUAACUUGGCUCCAACAGAUGUCUUGGAAGCCUUGAAUAGAGUAUUAGAUGAUAAUCGUGAACUUUUCAUUCCGGAAACUCAGGAAACUGUAAAGGCAGAUUCUAAUUUUAUGUUAUUCGCCACACAGAAUCCACCUGGUGUGUACGGCGGUAGAAAAAUGUUAUCGAGAGCUUUUAGGAAUAGAUUUGUGGAGUUGCAUUUUAAUGAAAUACCUGCUUCUGAACUGGAAUUUAUUUUACACAAGAGAUGUCAGAUGGCUCCCAGUUAUGCUAAGAAAAUGAUAAAUGUGAUGACAGAUCUACAGACAAGGCGUAGGGGAUCUGCUGCCUUUGCAGGCAAACAAGGUUUCAUCACGCUUAGGGACUUGUUCAGGUGGGGUGAAAGAUACAGACUUGCACAAAAUGUAAAUAAAUUGUAUGAUUGGGACCAGCAUUUGGCCGAUGAAGGAUACCUGGUGCUCGCCGGCCGUGUCAGGAAAUCUGAGGAAAAAUUGGAAAUUAUGCAUGUCUUACAAAAACAUUUAAAACGUGAGGUCAAACCAGAACAUCUUUUCACAUUAUCUGAGAAAACGUCAUCAGUGACAAAACACAACUUACAAAAAAUAGCAGAAAACAGUGAGAAGUACAAAAAUAUUGUAUGGACCUACCAUAUGAGGCAGCUAGCAGUUUUGGUGGCGAAAGCUUUGGAAUUUAAAGAGCCGGUACUAUUAGUAGGUGAAACGGGGGGUGGAAAAACGACAGUUUGUAAACUGAUUGCUGACAAUAAUGGACAAGAACUUAUUACUGUGAAUUGUCAUAUGCACACUGAAAGUGGUGACUUUAUUGGAGGUCUAAGACCAGUACGGGAUCAUUCUGGGGAUGAUUUCAACAAAUUAUUUGAAUGGGUCGACGGACCUCUUCUCCAAGCGAUGAUAAAUGGACACGUAUUUCUUGCUGAUGAAAUAUCCCUUGCAGAUGACAGUGUAUUGGAGAGAUUGAAUUCAUUAUUAGAACCUGAGAGAUCCCUUUUACUUGCCGAAAAAGGCAUAGAUAUGAACAACAGUAGCAACUCGGAACUGAUCGUAGCCAAUUCAAACUUUUAUUUCAUCGGAACAAUGAACCCCGGGGGAGAUUUUGGAAAAAAGGAGCUAUCUCCAGCUCUGCGUAAUCGGUUCACAGAAAUUUGGUGCGAGUCUUGUACUGAUAGACAAGAUUUAGUGGCUAUUAUCGAGAAAAAUAUAAAACCGGAACUGUCUUUAGGAAACCAACAAGACGGGUCAAGCAUUGGCAAUAAUAUUAUGGAUUUUGUGGAAUGGUUCCAGAAUACCGAGAUUGGAAAAAGGUUUACCAUAAGCAUUCGUGACAUUCUGACUUGGGUACACUUUUUGAAUGUUUCUGCUGAAAAGGUUGAUAUAGCAGAAGCUUACAUUCAUGGUGCGUCUUUAACAUUUCUAGAUAGUUUAGGAUCUGGCGCAACAAGUACUGAAAGUUUGAAAUUGUUAGAAGUGUUUAGAAACGAUUGCCAGCAGUUUUUAAUAAACCAAAUCAAGCAAUUGACACACACUGUACCACAUUUUGCCUUGACAAGCCUUUCUGUGGAAAAGCACGAUGGUAAAUUUGGAAUUCCACCAUUUUUUAUUGAACUAGGAUCUGAGAAUCACGAAGAAACCGAUUUCUCCUUUAACGCUCCAACAACUAUUUAUAACACGUUGCGACUAUUGAGAGGAAUGCAAUUAAAUAAGGCGAUCUUACUUGAAGGUAGUCCUGGAGUCGGAAAAACUAGUCUGGUUGUUGCUUUGGCCAAAUGUUCCGGUCAUAAAAUAUUUAGAGUAAACUUAUCAGACCAAACAGAUAUUUCGGACCUUUUUGGUGCAGAUCUGCCAGUGGAAGGCGGAAGUGGAGGACAGUUCUCUUGGAGGGACGGUCCUCUCCUUCAGGCUUUAAAAGAUGGCAGUUGGAUUUUACUGGAUGAACUAAAUUUGGCUUCUCAGUCGGUUCUUGAAGGUCUUAAUGCUUGUCUGGAUCAUAGGGGGGAAAUAUUCAUCCCAGAGCUGGGAAAGACGUUUUAUGUGAGGCCAGGUACAAAGUUUUUUGCUUGUCAAAAUCCCUUGAAGCAAGGAGGAUCCCGUCGUGGCCUGCCAAAAUCAUUCCUUAACAGAUUUAUCCAGGUCUACAUCAACAGUCUAACGGAUCAAGAUUUGAACUAUAUUCUAUCUCACCAAUAUGACGGUUUACCGACGAAAAUAAUCCAAAACAUGAUCGAUUUUAAUUCUAAAAUCGUACACGAACUCGAUACCCAUUCCUUCGGUAAUAAAGGGGCCCCGUGGGAGUGCAAUUUGCGUGACUUGACCAGGUGGUGCGAGGCUAUGACGUACCAUUAUAACGCCAAUCCGAGUCUGCAAAAAAAGUACGAGCCCGAAAGUGUCGUUCAAUUUAUUUAUGGCGAUCGUAUGCGGACUUUGUCUGAUAAAGAGAAAGUGAGGGAUAUUUUUGAGGAUGUUUUUCAAAGUAAAGUGCGUGGAACUGGACCGAUAAUGUACGUGAAUAAAGAGAACGUUUAUUUUGGUGACGUGACUUUAGAGAGACAGUCUAGUGGUGUUAACGUACAUGUCUUAAAGCAAGACAGGACUUGUUUAGUGCUGCGUUCUCAGUUGCAGACUUUGAGAAGUUUAGUGUAUUGCGUGAACUUGAAUUGGAUGGCGAUUUUGGUGGGUAGUUCUGGUUGCGGUAAGAGUAGUGUAGUGAAAACUUUGGCUAAUCUGGCCGGGAAAACUUUGAAAACUUUGCCGGUUACAUCUGCGAUGGAUACGACGGAUAUCCUAGGGGGAUUUGAACAGUUUAGCGUAGCAUUAUAA